AUGGCUUCGAGUUCGACAAAGAGCCUUGACGACGAUGUCAUCGGAACAGCCCCGGUGCCGGUUGCGACGUCCAAGGAAAAGCAUGAGACCAUGGACGACAUAAUUCGGAGUGCGAGGCUCGCGAGUGAGAAGGAGCACAGAAUGACCCUAUUGCAAGGUCUUCGCCUUUACCCCAAGGCGAUUGCAUGGUCCAUCCUCAUCUCAACCUGCAUCGUUAUGGAAGGUUACGACAUUUCCCUGGUUAACAAUUUUUAUGCCUUUCCUCAGUUUAACCAGAAGUACGGCGUUCCGAUAACCGACCAAGAGGGCAACGUCUCCUAUCAGGUUCCGGCCUCAUGGCAAGCUGGACUAAGCAACGGUGCAGUGGUGGGUGAAAUAAUUGGCCUGUUGAUAAACGGCUGGGUCUCUGAGAGGUUCGGAUACCGAUAUACGGUUAUCUCCUGUCUCGUGCUCAUAAUCGGCUUUACCGCCAUCUUCUUUAUGGCGCAAAAUGUCGUACAUCUCCAAGUAGCUGAGAUCCUGUGCGGAAUACCAUGGGGCGUCUUUCAGACCUUGACCAUCACUUAUGCCUCCGAAGUUUGUCCCGUGGCCCUGCGUGGCUAUUUGACGACUUAUAUCAACUUUUGCUGGGGUGUCGGCCAGAUGAUUGGUAUCGGCGUUAUUAUGGGCAAUCUCUGGCGCACUGACGAGUGGGCGUAUCGCAUACCCUAUGCGCUUCAAUGGAUGUGGCCGUUGCCUCUCAUAAUCGGAAUCUGCUUCGCACCUGAGUCCCCUUGGUGGCUUGUACGAAAGGGGAAACUUGAAGCUGCCAAGCAUUCUCUUCUCCGCUUGACUAGUCUGGAUCGAGAAACAGACUUUGAUGUGGACGAGACCGUCGCCAUGAUGGUUCACACAUCGGCAUUGGAGCAGAAGAUAACUAAAGGAGCUAGUUAUUUAGAUUGCUUCAAAGGAGUCGACCGCCGUCGCACAGAAAUCGUCUGCAUGUGUUGGGCAAUCCAGAACCUAAGCGGUAAUUCGUUUUCCAACUACUCGACGUACUUCCUGCAGCAAGCCGGCCUCACGGAUGACAAGGCGUACUCAUUCGCCAUGGGCCAAUACGCCAUCAACUGCGCCGGCGUCUUUGGGGCUUGGACGCUCAUUACUUUAGGAAUCGGACGAAGGACACUGUACUUAUAUGGACUUGCUGGUCUUUUUAUCAUGCUUCUGAUACUCGGAUUCCUCGGUCUGGCUCCCGACAGGAAUGCCGCGUCACUUGCCACAGGCAGUAUCAUGCUUGUGUGGGCUCUGUGCUACCAGUUAACCGUCGGCACCGUAUGUUACUCUCUCGUCGCAGAAAUUUCGACGAGACGUCUUCAAAUCAAGACAGUGGUGCUUGGGCGUAUCCUCUACAACGUUGUCGGUAUCAUCUGUGGCGUUUUGACGCCAUACAUGUUAAACCCUUCGGCCUGGGAUUGGGGCAAUUAUGCCGGAUUUUUCUGGGCGGGAUCGUGCUUCCUCUGCUUUGUAUACGCUUACUUCCGCGUACCUGAGCCGGCUGGCCGCACGUUCGCAGAGCUUGACUUGUUGUUUGAGAAGAAGGUUAGCGCAAGAAAGUUUGCUUCGACAGAUGUAGAUGUGUUCGCAGAGCAUGUUGAAGGGACCGUGUUGAGUAACUAUCAAGACCAGAUCGCCAUUGAGAGCAUGAAGAUCAAGGUUUAA